CCGUGGAACAUUGACCGUUUGUGAGAUUAACAACACCGUAUCUGGUUGAUCUUCCUGUGCUUAUCUUUCCGUGGGACUCGCUUUUUAUACACCUCUUGGUGGCUCUUGUUUGCCUGGCUGUUGGCGCAUCUCUCCCCCUGUGACACAUAAAGGGCCAGCGUUCUUCUUCAAUGUCAAAGCAAAGCAAUCGCAAAAGCUUCGAAACUCAGCCAUAUGGCAGCCGUUCUGGUUCCAAAGGCCACUCGCAUCGUCAAUUUCAAUCACAUCAGAAGGAUCGUCUUUUGUAUUUGAUUAUGUGCUCUAUAGGCGCGCAUAUAAGGAUUGCAACAAACUCUGGUGAAUACCUGGAAGGGACGCUGGAAAAUAUUGACCCAACAACGAUGAAAGUAGUCAUUAAGCAGGAUUCUAGUGUUGUUGCUGUGAAUUUUGAAGACUUUACUGAUUUCGAAAUAUCCAGCGUUGACCUCUUCAACGAAGCGGUUGUUAGAAACAUUGGUAGCUUCAAAACAGAUUCUGAUAUCUCUGCUAAUAAGGCAAGUGCACCACGUCGUGGUGAAAACAUUGAAAAAUGGGUCCCAGAAGUUGGAGAGAGUACUGGUCUGGAGCUUGAGGGGUUGACGCUUGAAGACUCCAAAACUGAUAACUGGGAUCAAUUCCAAACGAACGAAAGAAAAUUUGGUAUUAAAUCUGAGUUUGAUGAACACAUGUACACUACAAAAAUCAACAAGGAUGAUCCAAACUACAAAAAGAAUUUGGAAAUAGCAGAUGCGUUGGCGAAGGAUAUAGAGUCUCAGGGCCAUUCAGGAAAUGCCCAUUUGGCUGAGGAGCGUGGUGUUGCAUUUGAUGAUAGUGGAAUUGAUGAAGAGGAUAAAUAUUCUGGAGUUGAUAGAUCGGCCAAGACAGUCUCCAAGGGUGAUGCGUUGUUCAAUUCUUUGAUGAACAAAGAUAGUAAGAAUGCAACGUUUGAGAGUGAAGUCAAGAGUAAAUAUAUUCCUCCAACACAGAGGUCUAGAUUGGAACACAUUGAUCCGUCAAUCGUCUCGUCGUCUAAGGUUACAUCGCUGCAAAAACCUUCCCAGGAACAAGCAAAGCCUGCCACGAUUCCCUCAAAACCACCAGUGUCCACGGUUAAAUCUUCUGUGACGAAUUCUAAAUCACAGGAUCAGAAAAAGAACAGCAACUUGAAAGAGAUCAACUCAUUGAAGGAGUUCUCACAAAACUUUAAGAUUCAUUCAAAAAUUCCUGAAGAUUUGUUACCUAUAAUUACCAAGGAUAAGCAAAAACAGGAUGAGAUUGUGAAAAAGUCCGAGGCUGAGUCGAAAGAAAGGAACAGUACAACAAAACAAAAUGCUCUUCCCCCUCAAUCUCAAGCCCAAGAAAGUCUCUCAAAGGUUGCUUCUGCACAAACAAGUGCUACUAAUACGCCUGUAUCCAAAAAGGCUGAACUUUCUUCAUGCAAGCACCAUCAUAAGUUGAAUGCAAAGGCUGUGCCAUUCACCCCUUCUUUCAACUCAUCCUCUUCAAGUCCAGUUGUGUCUAAUGUAUCCACUCCUCAUUUCAAUGUCAACUCGCCAAGAUUGGCACAAUCGGGAUACAGAUCAAAAAGAUCACAUAUGUCUUUGUUUGCUCCAGACAAAUUACCAUCAGUAGACAAGAAGAAAAAACUGGGAGAUAAUUUUAACUUCUUCAAAGCAUGCCGUGCUGAGUACAAUUCACUACCAAAGAAGGAUGUGAAGCACCCUUUCACGCUUGAAAGACCCUUCAACACACCACCAACAUGGAGUGAUAGUACAAUUUCGUACAGAACUUUUUUCCCUGAUCCUUCCACGUUGAAGUCUCCUAUGUUUGCCUCCAUACCUCAACAACAGUUUCAACCAAUGCCGAUGAUGAAUGCGCCAGGACAGUUCUUGUAUCCGCCACAACCCUUCAUGCAACCUAUGCGCCUUUCACCUCAAAUGGCACAACCAGGAUUAUCAGUGCAGCCAUUACAACCGAUGUACAUCCAACCAGGAAUGAUGCCUGGUGCACCAAUGGGGUAUUCUGGUGGGUAUGCGAGAGGUUAUCAAGUUGGUGGGCCUGUACCAAUGCAAUUGCAACAGGGCAAUCCAGGCAGACCGCACAGUUACAACAAAAACCAUUGAGAUUACAAGAGUUAAGUUCUUCUACUUAUCACUCUUUGUUACAUCAAAUUAGCGUAAAUACAAUAUCACUU